AUGAAGCUUGAGGAUGCCUUCAGGAAGCGCGCUCGCUUAAGUGGUGUCGUCGGUGGGUCCUCGACCGGCGGCCCGGACCGGCUGAGCUCUCUGCCGGACUGCCUCCUCCAUACCAUCAUGUCCUUCCUGCAAGCCCGGCAGGCGGUCCAGACAUGCAUGCUGUCCACACGCCACAAGGACUGGGAGCACUUCACCAACUACAAGGACUGGGAGAAUUUUGAGAAUUUUGCCGUGACCCUGAUGCGUCGCUGUAACAUUGCACAGUUGGAUUCAUUCCGGCUGCAUAUUGACCGAUUCAGAGCACCGGAGUUUGGCAAUAGACUGGCAGCAGGAUGGCUCCGUCGUGCCAUGAAAUACUGCACCCCAGAUCAUGCCAGUCAGCAGGGAUUGAGCUCUGGUUCCUGGCGCCUCAAAAGGCUGCAUCUCUGCCAUGUACUUCUCGAUAAUGAUUUUCUGAAGCAUGUUAGUUCAGUGUGCCGCUCUUUGGAGGAUUUGGAGCUGGACAAUUGCAUUUGUCAAAUUCAGUCAAUCACCUCUGAUUCGUUGAAGACCCUGGUUCUGAAAAAAUGUGGAUGGCGCAAUCUUUCUGAGAUUAUAUCGCCCACACUGAAGACAUUGGUUAUUGAUGGUGGUUCAAAUACUGAUGACUGUGUGCUUGUUAUCAUGGCCCCCUCCGUUGCGUAUCUGCAUCUGGCUGUGCAUGUUGGCCACUUCAGUGGUGGUGUUUAA